AUGCAAGAAGGUAAAGAUGAUAUUAAAGAAGGUGAAGAAGGCGAAGGAGAAGGCGAAGAAGGCGAGGAUGAUGAAGAGGACGAUGAUGAUGAAAAUGACAGUGACGAGGAUGAUGAUGACAGUGACGAUGAUGAUGGUAUCUCAGGUACAACUAUUACUUUUAUUGUUGUUGGUAUAGUCAUUGUCCUUAUAGUCAUAGUUUUAAUUGCAAGAUCAGGUAGUUCAAAUUAA